CCAGACAUGUGCACUGCUGUCCUUUUUCGAUAGAAGAUACUUUAAUACUCUCCUCGAAAGUUGCAAUGGAUAGGUACGCACGUCGGCAGUGAUAAAGUACCCUAAUAUUCCAUUCGAAAAAUCCAUUCGGAAGUGGGAGAAGUAGUAGUAGUAGCAAGCAAUACUUUAAGAUGGAAAACUCGUUGCGGAACCACGCUCUGGUUCACCAACAGAACCAGCAGCAGCAACGGAACAGAGAAGAAUACUAUCGCACGAAUGGUAUAAUACGGAGCUCAUCCGCCAUGAGCGGAGCACCAGCCGGAAGCGCGAACAACGGAAGUAUCAUCAAUCGUAGCCGGAGUCGAAAUAGUGGAAGCAGCACCAGCGGCAAGAGCAGUCGCAGCACGAGGAGCGGCGAAGCAAGUGACGAAGCCGUCCAGGGCAGUCAGGAUCCUUUGAUGCAGCACACCCGCUAUCASCAUGAACAACAGCACCAUGCCGAUAGACAACAGCAGCAGCCUUGGCAUGCACAUCGUGAUCAGCAACAGAUAUAUCAGAGGUAUCACCAAGAGCUUCAACCUCAACAGAGGCAUCCACAACAAGCACAUUAUAUUCAAUAUUAUAGCGGUGACGCAAACAUGAGAAUACCCCAGCAACCGCCGCCGCUGCAGCAGCAGUACCAGCAAGAUCCAUAUAGCUAUCGUGGGAACAGUUACAACAGUGGCUCCCAGAACUCUUCAUCUCAUCACCAGGUACAACAACAUCAAUUCAACUCAAGUUACAAUAGUAAAGACCAGAGUAGCCACUAUUCGAACAUAUUGGGUUCUAUCAGUGGAUCACAUCAAUCUCUUGAUAAAGACGAUGCCUAUCAAAGACUCGGCCAGCGCCUCAGCUGGAGCGCUCAUGGCCAAAASAGCACUGAGUUCUCACGAUCCUCUUCCAGAAUUGUAGUCCCUCCAAAGUGCAUUGAGUUUCGGUCACCUUCCUCCUCGUUCAAACCUUUUGGUGAGGCUCUACAAGACGCAAUCCGAGAUCGGGAAAAACUCAACAGUAGCAGCCAAGGGAGUGGAAAUCUCAAAAGCGAUAGAAAUCUUCUACGCAACGUGACUAUUAAGGCCAAUGGUCUUUAUCGAAUUUGGUACGCAGAACAUUCCAGGAUACACCAACGAAGGCGACGAAAGAGCAACGAAUCCAACAUAAGGGCUUCUACAAAGCCGCACAAUCGAAUCAAUAACCAUAACAAGUCGGAUAAUUUUGCCAUGUCUCCGCAUCAAAGAUCUUUUGCCCAGAUGUCUCUUGUUGGUAACAGCAGCAAUCACGACCCCAGCCACAAUACCAUAAUAUCUGCCUCUUCAAAGAAGCAGCAUGGUUCUCUCUCGGCUGUUAUAGAGUCCGCCUCGCAGAAUUCUAGCACGGCCACUCAUAGCAAGAAUCCACGCGGAAGCGGGGGUACCGGUGGAAGCACCCGGUCCGAGAAUCAAAGUAGAGCCUCUUCGUCUAUCGCCACACGUUCCUCUAUGGGAACACGAAAUUCAAUUCGUUCAUUUGGUACUUUACCACCCCGGGGCAAGUGUCUCACACAGCCUUCCGAAGGCGUCUCAAAUGACAAUAACUGCGACAAUUCUGAGGGGAAUCUGAUUGUCUAUGAGAAUGACAACAUAUCUGUGCCGAAAAAACAGGUUCAUGUUCUCACGAAAGGCAAGAUACCGAGGGGACACAAGUCAUCUGAUUUCCGYAUCCAAUCCUUGUUGGGGCAAGGAACGUUUGCCCAAGUCUUUAAGUGCUUGCAUACCCAAACAGGUCARCUGGUUGCAUUGAAAAUUAUCAAAAACAAGCCGGCAUAUACUCGACAGGCUGCCGUAGAAAUCGAUGUGAUUCGAGUUGCAAACGAAACUAACCCCAACCACAACAAGAAGACUGGAAGCACAGAAGGGCCUUUGCAGCACAAGUCAAAAAAAGCCUCCUCGACGGAUUACAUGAUAGACCUCGUCUGCUACUUUAUGUACAAAGAUCACUUGUGUCUAGCCUUUGAAUUAUUGGGGCAGAAUCUAUAUGAAGUUCUAAAAAGGCGGCAAUUCCGCGGUUUGCMGCUUAGCGUUACCCAAAAUCUGGUUAGGCAAGUGGUCAUGGGUUGCAAAGCACUUGCACGAAAGUCAAUUGUCCACUGUGACUUAAAACCUGAAAAUAUUCUAUUGGUUGAUGAGAAUGACGAAGAUUCGGUCAUGAGUGCGGGAGAUAGCAAGCGAUUAAUCUCUGCCCUGUCCUCAACCUCCCUGGAUAAGAAAGAACAAAAUCAUUUGCACAAAUUUGCUGCCGGCGGUAACGACACAGAGAAAGCCGAAAAUGAUGCAAAUAGUAGUGAAAAAAAUAAUGGCGAGGCAAGUGACAAUAGCAAAAGCACAAAUGAGACAGAUAAUACGACAAAUCGUUACAAAGAUCAGGAACAGCGCACAGAAACCACRGUGUCUACAAACACAAGGGCUUCACCCGAAGAUAAAAUGAAUGUUCGAACUAAAUCUCCGAUGGAUUCUACAAUCGCGACAAACGACGUGCACAAUGAAAGGAUCAAAUUGAUCGAUUUCGGAUCGGCCUGUUUUGAAGGACAGAUGUCACACACCUAUAUUCAGUCACGGUUCUACCGCAGCCCCGAAGUGAUCCUUGGCCUGGCCUACGAUUCUGCCAUCGACAUGUGGUCCCUGGGAUGUGUGGCAGCCGAACUUUUUUUGGGCCUACCAAUUUUACCAGGUGUCCAUGAACACGACCAAUUGGUACGAAUCAGUGAAAUGAUUGGUGAAACACCAGAUUGGAUGCUCGAUCAAGGAACCAAAUCCUCCAAAUACUAUUUGAAGCAUUUGCCAGGAGUGACUUCGGCACAUACUCCACCUGUUCAAUCUUCCAGUGUCAGCCCAGAAGAUCCGUUCGAAAGAAAUGGAAGGACAUCGGGUCGAUCGACAUCCGAAGGACCCCGUCCACUGCCGCAGUGGAAAGUGAAAACACAGCAUGAAUAUAUUGCAUCGCUAACACAGAGCGAAAUAAAAAAGAAAGGUGGACUUGUGAAGCUCGAAAAACAGCCUGGGAAUCGAUAUUUCAAACGCAAAUUGCUUUCGGACAUAAUUCUUCACAAAGGGCAAAGUGGAAAGCCAGAAGAGUUGCGCUUGUUGAAAAAUUUUAUUCAUUUCCUCUAUGGUACGUAAAGAGAGGAUAUUGCUGUGUUGUGUUACCGUUUCUGAAGUUUGAUACAUCACUUUGGAUGUAAAAUCAAACUUAUUGACUUGAAUUUGUUUACGUUACGCAUUUACAGGUAUACUAGAUCCAGAUCCGUGGAAGAGAUGGACGGCAUAUCAAGUGAUCAGUCAUCCCUUUUUUACAGGAGCUAUGAUGAGGGAGAAUGUAGAUCCUGCCGAUAUCAAAGAUCAAAACCACGCAAAUAGAUUAUUGAACAUGUA